CCUCCAGAGUCUCAGCUCUCCACUUCUUCACCUGCGGCUGCCCCGUGUCUCACCGGCCUGAACGCCUCUCGGUUCCGAUAGGACGCUCUGGUCUGCCUCCCCUCCCCUCGCGGCUCCUCGCUUCCUCCCUCCUGUUUACUACAAGAGCUAUUGCAUGUCGGUGUGAGCAUCAUCGCGGCAGAAUAGGAGCGGAAGAAAUCUGCGGCAGCCGUUGAUGCUUUUACCGGAAUAAUCUGGGGAAAAAACGACCUGAUACACCCUGUAAUCUCUGCGGAAUAUCGGCAGGCGAUGGAGGAACAUCUUUGAACACCAAGACUUCCAGUUCUCGUCCCCCGCUGGUGACCUCUGUCUGUCAUGGCGCUGAUUCACGAAACCCGCGCCCCAUCACCCUCUCUCUCAGGCUUCAACACCCCCCUGUCUGACCCGCCGUCCUUCCGCCGCCUGGAUGCUGAAACCCCAUGUACCCCAGAGAUGGACCUGACCCCGACGCAGUGUGUUCUCCGGAACGUCCUCUCCAUAGACACUGGCGGUGCGGUUGAGCCUGGAGGAGGAGGAGGAGGAGAUGAAGGCCAGCCUGCCGGACUGCAACACCAAACACCCGGCGAAGAACAGCAAGAGCACUUUGCCAACAGCAUCCUCAAGCUCCACGAGCAUGAUGGGAGCUGUGGAAGGACUGAGGGGGAGGGACAGGAGCAGGACAACCGUGCGGUCAGGGGUGAAGUGGACGAUGCCCGGUUACAGUGCCAAUCUACCGGAGGGGGAGGAGGGUUUCUGGAGGGGCUGUUUGGAUGCCUGAGGCCCGUCUGGACUAUGAUUGGAAAAGCCUACUCCACGGAGCACAAGCAUGGCCUGGACGAAGCCUGGGAGGUCCCGUUUGAGGAGAUAUCGGACCUCCAGUGGGUCGGCAGCGGCGCUCAGGGCGCCGUCUUCCUGGGGAAACUGCACGGACAGGAAGUGGCCGUAAAGAAAGUGCGAAACAUCAAGGAGACGGACAUCAAGCACCUCCGCAAACUCAAGCACCCGAACAUCAUCACCUUCAAAGGAAUUUGCACGCAGGCUCCCUGCUACUGCAUCAUCAUGGAGUACUGCGCUCAGGGUCAGCUGUACGAGGUUCUGAGGGCGGGCAGGAAGAUCACACCGUCCCUGCUCAUGGACUGGGCCAUGGGUAUCGCUGGAGGCAUGAACUAUCUUCACCUCCACAAGAUCAUCCACCGGGAUCUGAAGUCACCCAACAUGUUGAUCACGUAUGACGACGCGGUGAAGAUUUCCGACUUCGGCACUUCCAAGGAGCUGAGCGACAAGAGCACCAAGAUGUCGUUCGCGGGUACGGUGGCCUGGAUGGCCCCGGAGGUCAUCCGCAACGAGCCCGUCUCGGAGAAGGUGGACAUUUGGUCUUUCGGUGUGGUUCUCUGGGAGAUGUUGACCGGGGAGGUCCCCUACAAGGACGUGGACUCCUCGGCCAUCAUCUGGGGAGUGGGCAACAACAGCCUGCAGCUGCCGGUCCCUGAUAGCUGCCCUGACAGCUUCAAGCUGCUGCUCCGGCAGUGUUGGAACUGCAAACCCAGGAAUCGACCCUCGUUUCGGCAAAUUCUCCUGCACCUGGACAUCGCCUCCGCAGAUAUUUUGUCGACUCCGCAAGAAACGUAUUUCCAGUCUCAGGCCGAGUGGAGAGACGAGGUCAGGCACCAUUUUGAGAAGAUCAAGUCCGAGGGGACGUGUCUCCACCGGCUGGACGAGGAGCUGAUCAAGAGGCGCAGAGAGGAGCUGAGACACGCGCUGGACAUCCGGGAGCACUACGAGAGGAAGCUGGAGCGAGCCAACAACCUUUACAUGGAGCUGAACGCCAUCAUGCUGCAGCUGGAGAUCAAAGAGAAGGAGCUGCUCAAGAGGGAGCAGUCGCUGGACAAGAAGUACCCCGGCUGCUUCAAGCACCACAGCUCCCGACAGUCUGCCUCCUCCAACUCCAUGGAGAAGCUCAUGAAGAAGCGCAACGUCCCUCAGAAGCUGCCGACGCACAGCAAGAGGCCUGACCUAUUAAAAUCCGAGGUCAUCCUCCCCAAGCUGGACUCCUCCAUGACUCAGGUCACGAUCCCCACCAAGGGCUCCACGUCUCCAGGACGUUCCCGACGAGGGAAGCCUCGCUACAGGAAAGCUGGCAAGGGCAGCAGUGGAGACUUGGCUCAGCUGAAGGCCACGCUCUCGUCCUCCUUGGCGAUGAUCAACGCCACAUCCUCCGUGCCCAGCAGGGGGCAGCACCUGGAUCCCAGCGCCGCCCUGCGCGGCCUGCAGCAUGACCUCCUGAUGAAGAAGAUGUCCUCCUCCAGCCCCGACCUCAUCUCCACCACCCUGGAGGCUGAAGAGAGGAGGAAGGGCCAGGCCAGGCUGGACCGGGCCGGCAGCCAGAGCGCCUCCGCUGGCCUGGAGGACAGUCGGGGGACUGAUGGGCAAGAGGCGGGGCCCGAGGCGGGCGUCGGAGGCGAGGCAGAGACGCCGCCACGCAGUGACACGCCCAGCGAAGACGCAGCGUCCAUUCCCUUCUCCAGCAGCCCAGACUCACCCUGCGGGAGAGGAGCCGCUGCGGGUCGGACGUCCGUUUUGGUCGGCCCGCGGGCUCCUCAUGACGGGGAGGAGAAGGAGGAGGGGACGGUGAUCACCAGGUCGCCGAGAAGUCAGCGCCUGACUCCUUCUGCCCUGCUCUACAGGGCGGCAGUCACACGCAGUCAGAGACGUGGGGUCUCAUCAGAGGAGGAGGAAGGAGAGGUGGACAGCGAAGUGGAGCUUCCCCGAAGACGGCGUCCGGUGAGCAUGAGCAAGUGCCAGUCGCUGUCCACCUUCAGCUCAGAGAACUUGUCGGUGUCCGACGGCGAGGAGGGCAACACCACCGACCACUCGCACAGCGGCACGCCCGACGUGGUCAGCACCAACACGGAUGAGCGGCUGGACGACAAGAGCGACGACCUGCUGUCGCAGGGCUCUGAGAUCCCGGCCGACCCGUCCGACCCCACGCAGCUGGGCUCGGACGGUUUGUCAGAGAAGGAAGCCGGACUCCGACAGUUCAAGACGCAGCUGGCUAACAACGACCACAGUUACGAGGGCAUGUACGACGACUCGGACUGUGACAGCGCCGAGUUGGACCACUCCAGCUGCGUGGAGUCCCACCAGCCUCAGGCCCACUGGUAAAAACCUGGGCUCCAGAUUUGUCUCACUCAGCAUUUCCCGCUGAACUAAUACAAACUGGACUGGAUUUAUUUUUAUUUUUUUAACUUGACCUGAGCUGAUGAGCAAAGCCAUGACGCCAUGUCACACUCGACCAUGUGUUUACAUCCAAGUCAUUUUCGAGCAAAACCUAUCAUUUAUUUGCACUUGAUUUUACCCUGCGAUGAUGCACUAAUUUAUUGUUUCUAUUUUUUUCUACUUUCUCAGUGACAAUGUAAAUACGUCAGGAUGUAAAAAAAAAAAAAAGAACAAUUUUUUUUAACGUGAGAUUGUAUAGAGUAAAGGUGCUGACGUUUCUACACAACUCCUCUAUUUGAACCUCAACAAGCUCACGGUUGUGGAAUGUAACGGCGUGUGGCCGAGCGUCAGAACAAAGGAGCAGGACGGAGACGCUUUCAGAAGGACUUGUUUUAUCGCUGCGUUGGCAUCAGCAGGAUGCAGGCGCAGAAGAGUGUAAAUAGCAUGCUUGUGAAAUACAUAUCUACCUUAUUUCAGAUCCCGUCAUUCUGAGCAGAAGAUCAAAACAGUCGCAAAUAAAUUCUUCGUUUGCUUUUCUGUUCAAAAAGGGGGUGUUUGACUCUUCAAUUGUGGAUUUUGUUCCGAGUGGUGAUCAAAUCACCGGCUUGACCGGAACGUAGUUUGGCCCCAGGACAAGCAAAGCAUCUUCAAAGCACGUUCGGUGAAAGCAGAAAGGGCUCCGUCAAGUGGGCAACACGUGAAAUGUCCAAACAUAAGCUAGAAAAGGCAGCUUGUACUCGGAAUCACUCAAUGAGUUUUUGACCUUCCGCGUCCCAAAAUGUCAAAUGGGUGAAACUCUUGCCAAAAGCAGAACGACUGCCCUCUGAAGUGUCUGCACUUGAGGAGGUCCUCCAACACGUGAAUGAAGCAAACCCGGGAUGACUUGUCUGCUUUUGAUAUCGAUGUACGUGUACAUGAAAUAUAUUUAAGGAACCGUUUAAAAUAAAAUGUUCU